CAUCCCUGUAAAUUGUCUUCAUCUCUAAACUGUACGUGAAAUUGUAAUGGUGGUAAACGUCAGGCUUCCUUGUUCGCAAACAAAAAACUAACAAUUCGUAGCCAAGCUAGUGUGGGUUGUGUGAUGUGAUGGGAGGGCUUGCUUCCCCCCCCCUCGGUGUUUAAACGACAGAAUUCUUAACCUCAGCUCGGAAAACACCAGAAUGAUGCGUUACUGGGGCGAGAUUCCUGGACCGGCGGGAGCUCCUCCGAGUCGCAGCUCGUUCGACCUACUCCAGCGCGAGUUUCGCUCCGUAGAAAUGCAAGAUCCACCUUUGCACCAGCCUUCAGCUCAACGUCCCCGACCCACCACAAUGUUGGACAUUCCCUCGGAGCCCUGCAGCCUCACAAUCCACACCGUUCAGCUGUGCCAGCAUGUUCGACGCCUCCGUGCCCUCCUGACCACGGCUCAAACCCCAGGUCAGAGCUUGACCCCCUCAGAAGGCAGUGGAAACAGGCUGGAGGAGAUGGAUGCCCUACCAAUGAGCCCACCCACACCACCAGCUGUUCCAGAUGACCUGCUGCCCCUGGACAGCAAAGCUCCUCGGCAUCCGUUUCAGCUGCGCCACAGUGACCCGGAGAGCGAAUUCUACAAGGGCAAAGGCGAGCCCGUUACCGAGUUGAGCUGGCCCUCCUGCCGGCAACUCUUGUACCAGUCCGUAGCCACUGUGCUAGCCCACGCCGGCUUCGAUUCAGCCCAGGAAAGUGUGCUUGAGACCCUUACUGACCUGGCCCAUGAGCACUACCUGAAACUCAGCCGGCUGCUCCGGGUGGCCGUGGACCGUGAAGCUCGCCUGGGAACCAGCCCCUUCCCCGACGUGGUGGAGCAGGUGUUCCACGAGAUGGGCAUUGGAAGCGUGUUGGCUCUGCAGCGCUUCUGGCAAGUGCGCAUCAAGGAUUACCACAGCUACAUGCUCCAGAUGAGUAAGGAGAUGUCAGAUGAGUAUGAAAGACUGGUAAACCCAGAGAAGGCCCUGGAGGACUCCAAGCCUCCCCGGAUCAAAGAGGAGCCCUUGAGCGACAUCUCCUUCCCUGUCAGCGAAGAGCCCGAGGCGGACCUGGCCUCCGGAGACCAGUCCCUGCCUAUAGGGGUACUGGGAGCCCAUGGAGAAAGACUGGCCGGGGGUCUCGAAGGGGAACAUUCACCGCACAUCUCAGGUGGAGGCGGAGCAAACAGCUCCCCCUUGUGGCCGCAGGUGAAGAUGGAGCCCCAGGAUGGCGAGGAGGGACAGGGGUCAGGCCACCACCACCACCACCACCACGGGGUCCUAGGUAGUGAUGUCUUUGAGGAAGGGGGGCCCAUGUCCACCAUGAGUGAGUCCGGGGGAGGAAUGGCCCCAUCCCCUGGUGGGGGUUCUGAUGCCAGCUAUGGCUCACACUCUCCCGACUCCCUCAUGAGCGCCUCACCCGUGUUCAACCAGAGGACCAGGAAACGCAUGAAGAAGAUGUGAGGCGUGACCUCGCAGUCCUGUUAAGACAGGCAUUAUAUGGCAAGAUGGCGUGAGCCUGAAAGGAGUUAAGGCAGAGAACCUCAGUUUUAUAUAGAGAGUAGGUUUUGUAACUUGAUGCUGAAAUUAUGUAACAUAGCAGCACAUUUUCACAUACUAGACAGACAGUCAGACAAAGGACUUCUGGAAAACCGUCAUCAAUGAAGAGCACCACACAGACUUCAGUCAUGUAGCUGUGGAACAAACCCAAGGGAAAACAUACUGUAAUCCCAGUAGCUAUGUGUGGUUGGGCCAUUCAAGAGUCAAGACAAGGGUCAAAGCUAGAGACAGGCACCCAGGUUAGCAUUCUGUCUUAUUUUGUGUAACUUGUCAUUGUUUUGAUUUUGUAAGUUGACACAAUAAUAAAUAUACUUUGUAAAGUG